AUGCAAUGCGCAACGCACGGAUUUUUCAAAACUCAGACACUACGYUUCUAGACACUCUUGAACGAGCCCUCUGAUCACGUGGUUUUUUAGAGCGUCAACCAACAUGGCGGCUCACGGUGAGAGUUCUGAAAGCACUUUGAGAAAAAGACGCGUCGAAACAUGGAAGACAACAACGACACAUUCAGAUGACAACAUCCGAAAUAAUGAAGAGGACACUUGCAAAGCAAAGAAGAAAGAAUUGGUUACAUUGCAAACCGGGACUUACUGGCUCACUCGAAUUGUGCUUCUACGUUCCAUUGCYUUCAUCUACUUCAUUGCAUUCACUGUUGCCUACAACCAGAACAAACAGCUGAUAGGAGAGCGAGGCCUCUUGCCCUGUAAGGAUUACCUUCUCAGUGUGAAGCGCUAUGUGGGGGGGAAGAUCGAUAUGUCUGCCUUCGCCUACACUCCCUCUAUCCUGUGGUUCCUGGACUGGACGGACAUGGAUGCCAACCUGGAUGGCAUUGCCCUGGUGGGGAUGGCGCUGUCAGGCUUUGUGUUGCUGACUGGCACUGCCAACAUGAUCAUCAUGGCCAUGCUGUGGGUGCUCUACCAUUCUCUGGUCAGUGUGGGGCAGAUCUGGUAUUCGUUUGGUUGGGAGAGUCAGUUGUUGGAGACGGGCUUCUUGGGGAUCUUCCUGUGUCCUGUGUGGAGUCUGUCCCAGGUGCCCCCUCGCUGCCCCCCCUCGCUAAUCUCCAUCUGGACCUUCCGCUGGCUAAUCGUUCGCAUCAUGCUGGGCGCCGGGCUGAUCAAGAUCAGAGGGGACCGCUGCUGGAGGGACCUGACGUGCAUGGACUACCACUACGAGACUCAGCCGGUGCCCAACCCCAUGUCAUACUAUAUGCACCAAUCCCCAUGGUGGUUCCAUCGCUUCGAGGUUCUGUCCAAUCACUUCAUCGARCUCAUUGUCCCUCUCUUCACCUUCCUGGGGCGACGCAUGUGCAUGGUCAACGGGACGCUGCAGAUAGUGUUCCAGGUGACUCUGAUAGUGAGUGGGAACCUGAGCUUCCUCAAUUGGCUGACCAUAGUUCCCAGUUUGGCCUGUUUUGAUGAUGCCUCUCUGGGGUUCCUGUUCUCGUCUGGCCGAGGGGCCAAACAAGCCGUACUGGACCUCCAGGCUGAGGAGGCAGCAGGAUGGACCCCCAAACCCACCAGGGGUAUGCUUUUUCGUCGAGUGGUGAAUGUGGCUCUGGGCGUUCUGAUUGGCUACCUGAGCGUUCCUGUAGUGCUGAACCUGCUGAGCACCAAACAGGUGAUGAACACGUCUUUUGACCCGCUCCGCAUCGUCAACACCUACGGGGCCUUCGGCAGUAUCACUAAGGAGCGGACUGAGGUGAUUCUGCAGGGUACUAUGAAUGAGGACCCUAAGGACCCAGAGGCUGUGUGGGAGGAGUACCAGUUCCUGUGUAAGCCAGGGGACCUGACCCGACGCCCCUGCCUCAUCUCCCCCUACCACUACAGGCUCGACUGGCUCAUGUGGUUCGCUGCCUUCCAGACCUAUGAGCAGAGUGAGUGGGUGAUCCACAUAGCAGGCAGACUGUUAGCCAACGACACAUCAAUCCUUUCACUGAUGGAAUACAACCCCUUCCAGGGCAGAGACAACCCCAGGUGGGUCCGAGGAGAACACUUCAAUGAUAGUUCACCCUGCCUGGCAGUGGUCCAGGGAAAAUGGUGGGUGAGGAAACGUAUUGGCCUACUUCCCCGCUGGGAUCUGGUCGCGCUCAGGGAUACUUCAAGUCCGCGUCGGAACUGGCCCCAUCCUGACCUUUGACCUACUGUAUGACCAAUCACACUGAUGUAUUCUAUGAGCGACGGAUGCCUGAGACACCGAGGUAUCGCUCCCCCUUAUAAGUUGGGAUCAAAUAUGCUCUGAAAGCAAACAUGUUGACAUGAGAACCCUGAUAUUGGGGAAUUUGUGCCAUUCUGAAAAAAAUGUUAGAUUUUUUGUUCCUCUAUGUUGCCUGUCUCCAGCAUGUCAUGUUGCCAUCUGCUGUAUGCACUAAAGAAUGACCAAUCCUUCCCGUGAAUAGGGAUAUGCCACUCUGCCACAAUAGGAGAGUUGAGGRGAUGACACACAGUCCAUGUUGGGUUCACAUCGCAAGACAGACAGACUGUACACACAUUGUGUCUUUUGAAAAUAAAAGUAUAUUUUGGAACAAAG